AAUGUUGCCAUUGUCUAAAAAAAAUUGCUUCCGUAACUUACACCGUAUUGAUGUAAGUCAACAAGGAUGUGUUUUGUAUCCCAAGUUAUUUAUGACAAGGUUAAAGUCUUAUGCACAAUUCUAUCAAAUGACAUGCAAUUACACACCUUAAGAACUAUUGUCACUCAAGAGUCAUCUGAUAGCUUUUCUUGUGACAUCUUCUGACAAUUUUUGUAAACACACGCUUGUCGAAUAGGCUAUUUACUGCGGAAGUAAUGGCUUCCCUAAAAUUUAAUUGCAGAUAUUAUUUUGUAGUGAUAAUUAACAAUUAAAUAACAAUAUAAUGUAAUGUUUUCCGAAUUGAGGAAUUGCUUAAGGUGAAUAUUAUAGGGUGUUAUCCGGCUUAUUUCACCUCCUAUUUAUACGAUUUAUCUAAACCGUGAAAUAACUACAAAGAACGAUACCUUGUAUGAGAAUGGCCUUUUGAAUGCGAAAUUUCCACUUGCGUCGCGGGACAUGAACGAAAGACAUUUGGAUUUUGAAGCGUGAACGAGAAAACCAUGAGUGACGUGAGCGGCAGCAGUUCUGGCAACAAGAGAAAAGGAAAAGGUCGCGACGAAGAGGGUUCUGAUGAGGACACUUGGGACAGCGACGAUGACGAUGACACUAUAGCCAGGAUCCAGCGGGCGCAUUUUGCUCAGGCAGCAGCAAUGCGCGGCCGGCGGCGCUCCAACCCGCGCCCGCGGCCUAUGAGCAACAAACGAAAACUAGAAGCAGUCAAACAAUUUCACGAUUUCACGAAAAAACUCAAAAAAGACACUGGUGUAGCUAUAAGAAGUCUUGUUGGUAACAAUAUAUUAGAGUUAAGUGAUUAUUCAAGUGAGGACAGUAAAUCUGACAGUGAUGGUUUGUCAGAGGAGGAGUUUGUGGUUAAUCCAACUGCUGUUGAAGAGUUGAACCAAGAUGACGAAAGUUACAUAGAUCCAGAGACUGGUGAUUUUGUACAAAGUAAAAAGAGUGUUGAAAAGCCGCCUAAACCUGCCAGUCCAGAGCCAGAGCUUGUGCCUGCCGAAGCGGAGUUACCUGAAGAGAAAAAAACAUUAUCUAUAAGUGAUAUUAUUAGUGAUGGUGACUUAGAUUUAACUAGAAAUGUGGAGAUUUCAGAAGUAGAAGAGAGUGAGUUGUGUCCAGAAAAAGCAGAUGAAUUAUUAGACAUGAAAAAUGAGGAGAACAGUCAAGAUUUUGACAUUACGGAAAAGUUGAAAGAAAUGGGGGAGAUUAGCGUUAAGCCAAUAAAGAAGGAAGAUGAAGAAGAAAAACAGAGUGAGGAAGAAAAGAAGCCAGAGACUGAUGAAGAUAAAAAACAAAACACCAAUGCAAUCAACAUGAGACGAAACAUCCGAGAUGUGAUGGACGAGAAGAACCUAGAUGCAUCUACCUUGGCUGCGCAGCGGCAGGAGUCAGAGCGUCUGGCGAGAGUCCAGGAGCAGCAGAGGAUCAUCAGAGAGGUACAAAGACAAAUAGCGAUAAAUCGGCAGAACAAAAUACACCAAAAAACGUUAUCACUAUUACAAGGAGGCUCAUCCCUACUGAAGAAAGGGCCUGGACAUAAACUCAACCUACCAAAUACAGUAUUGGUGAAGCUGCCGUCUGGAGAGAUGAAGAAGACCACAAUGAAGUCAGGUCAGGUGGAGGUGACAAAGAUCCCGAAACCAACGACGUCUGGCGCCAUGAAACCCGAUCAAAAGACUGAUAAGAAGGAGGUGGUCGAGAUCGUGGACAGCAGCAGUGGCGAGGAGUCGUCGUCGUCGGGAUCCGAUUCAGAUGAUUGCAUAAUGCUGUCCGACUCAGAGGCUCCGAAGAGCCCAGAGGUUGAGGAAGAUCCUCAUAAUUCUGGUCUCCACGUAAAUGACGCUUACAACACACCAGACGAACAAGGCCGAGUACUAAUUAAUCUUGGACAUCCCGAAAACGAAGAAGACAUCUUUUUAGCCCCUCAGAUAGCACGGGUUAUUAAACCUCAUCAGAUCGGUGGCGUCAGAUUCUUAUUCGAUAACAUAAUUGAGUCCGUUGAAAGAUUUUCAACAUCUACCGGCUUCGGGUGUAUCCUGGCACACUCCAUGGGCCUCGGGAAGACCCUGCAAAUCGUGUGCUUCUGCGACAUAUUCCUGAGGCACACCAGCUCCAAGACCGUGCUGUGUAUCAUGCCUAUCAAUACUUUGCAAAAUUGGGUGGCGGAGUUCAACAUGUGGCUGCCGCUGGACGCGGCGGCGAGCCCGCUGGCGGCGCACGGCGAGGUGCGGCCGCGCAGCUUCCCCAUCUACGUGCUCAACGACAGCCACAAGACGCUGCAGAUGCGCGCCAAAGUCGUCAAGGAAUGGACAACGGUCGGCGGCGUCCUCAUGAUUGGCUACGAGCUGUACCGCCUGCUCAGCAUGAAGAAGGACAAAAAGCCUCGUAAGAAAAAGAAAGCCGAGCUCAAGGCCGAGGAGAAAGAGAGGGAAGAGAGGGAGAGGAACAAGGAUAAACCGGACACACUCAACGAGGAUACUCAGGGCUCCGAUGCUACGUUCCACUCGAAGCUGUCCGACGACUCUAAGCUGGAAGACGGCGAGCCGACGUGCAAGCUCGAGGCCGAAAUCAGGGAAGAGAUGAAGAAGGAAGAGAAGAAGAAUGAGGACGCUCCUACUGAUGAGGACAAGAAGCUGUUGGACGAAAUGUAUGAAGCACUGGUUAAACCUGGACCAGACUUGGUAAUUUGCGACGAGGGCCACAGGAUCAAGAACUCUCACUCAAACAUAUCAUACGCCUUGAAGCAAAUGAGGACCAAACGCAGAGUCGUUCUUACAGGCUACCCACUCCAAAACAACCUACUAGAAUACUGGUGCAUGGUGGACUUCGUCCGGCCGAACUACCUCGGCAGCAAGACGGAGUUCUGCAACAUGUUCGAGCGGCCCAUCCAGAACGGGCAGUGCAUCGACUCCACGCCGCAGGACAUCCGGCUCAUGCGCUACCGGGCACACGUGCUCCACUCGCUGCUCGUCGGCUUCGUGCAGAGGCGAUCGCACGCAGUACUCCAGUCGACACUACCUCAGAAGGAAGAAUACGUCCUGUUGGUGCGCAUGACGCCGUUGCAAAGGAAACUGUACGACCGUUUCAUGAACGAGGUCGUUCGUUCCACGUCUGUGCCAAACCCCUUGAAGGCGUUCGCUAUUUGUUGCAAGAUCUGGAACCAUCCCGACGUCCUGUACAACUUUCUGAAAAAGAGGAGUGAAGCCAACGCCGCCAUCGAAGAGGACCUGGAUCUAGAAGAGCUCGGAGGCGUCACCAAGGCGGGGCGGGCCAAGAACAGCAAGAACCCGACAGGCAGGAAACCUGGCCGGCCAAAGGGUGCCCCGAAAAAACCAGCUGCGACAAUACCACCGAACACCACCACCGGGCCGGCGCCGCCCCGGCCCGGGCCCGGGCCCCACGGGGCCCCGCCCGGCCCGCCGCCGCCCAACCGCCCCGACCAGCCCGGCGCCUACCCCUACAACUACCACAACCAGCCACCAGGCUACUAUCCCCCCAAUCAACCGCAACCUUACAACCAAAACUACCCCAGCAACUACUACCCCCAGCAGCCCUACGACACCAACUACCCCAACCAGUACCCCCAAAAUAACCCAGACAUGAACAAUCCAGGAUACAAUCAGAGCUACUGGAACAACGGCAACUACUACAACAAUCCAGGCUACUAUAACAAUCCACAGUAUCCUAAUAAUGCUCCACCACAAAAUUACACAGGGAAUCCACCCGACUUCAACAAUCAACAAUAUCCGCCCGACUACAACCCGUCGUCGAAUGACCAGCAACCCUACCCUGGUAACGCCCUACAACCUUAUCAAAACAACCAAGAACAACCAGGGACAAGUUACGGGAACCAACCCCGACCACCGUAUCAAGGCUCUUACCAGAAUGCGCCAGGAUUCCCGGAAUAUCCUAACGGCCCUCCAGGACCUUCGUAUCCCAACAAUCAAGCGCCACCAGAAUCUUCUUAUCCUAAUAAUCAACCUCCGACGGGGCCUUCUUACCCUAAUAAUCAAGCACCACCAGGACCCUACCCUAAUAAUCAACCGCCACCAGGACCUUACCCUAAUAAUCAACCGCCACCAGGACCUUACCCUAAUGAUCCAGCGCCACCAGGAUCUACGUACCCAAAUAACCAACCAGCAUCAGGAAAUUAUCCCAAUAACCAACCGCCACCAGGAUCUUCGUACCCAUCUAAUCAACCUCCACCAAGCUACCCCAACCAACCCUAUCCACCGCCAUAUGCCAAUAACGAAGCUCCUUACGGGGACAACCAGCCUCCUUACAACUUCUCUGCCUACCCUACCAACGUUCAGCCUAAAGAAGAACCACAAAUCAAGACUGAACCUAACUUCCUAAACAAUGACGUGAAGCCAAAUGUUGGUCCCGGUCCAAACGGCGGUUUCCAACGAAAUCAGUUCGACAACACAUCACCUUAUUUGGGAUACAAUAGUGGAUCUAACUCAGGAAAUCGACAGAUUAAGAAUGAACCCAAUCUUGGAUUCCAACCUAGUGAAGUCAAAAACGAAACAGGUCCAAAUGCACCGCCUUACGGGAAUCCAGGUUAUAAUUACAACCAGACUAACAUGCCAGGUUUUCCGAAUCAGGGAGAUAAUAGUACCAAUGGGAACUAUCCGUUCCCGUCUUACCUUGAAACGAAGCCGCCACUCGGAAGUAACAGCUCCGGAAGUCCGCUCACAUCUUGGCCUCUAGACUCAAUCAAAACGGAAGUCGACAAACUCAAAACUGAGGAGAAAACUGAAACGAAAUCCGAAUCAGACGGUGAAGUCAAAAUCGCCGAUUUAGACACCAAGAUGAUUGUCAAAGAUGACGGGAAGAAAGUUAAAGAAAUAUCCGGUCUCGCAAAAGACAAUACAAAGAAAACUCGAGAUAAAAAGGAAAAGACGAGGAAAUCUAAAAGCGAUGCUUCCGAAUCUGAAGAUGAGGGUAAAAAACCGAAACAAAAAGGAAAAGGCAAGGAAAGCAAGAAAUCUGACAAACCCAAGCCAAGGGGUCGACCUAGACUUGCCAAAGGAAGGAAAGAUAGAAAAACUUCUAAGGAGAAAGAUGAUUCUGAGUCUGAGGACAGUGAAAAAGAAGAGAAAUUAAACAGAGAAGAAGAAUUAGCUUUAGUCAAGAAGGCAGAAGAAGUAACCUAUGAUUGGGCCGCUGAAUUGCUAAAAGACUAUAUCCCUGGUAUUAUAGAGAAUUCCUCUAAGAUGGAACUUUUCUUCUAUUUGCUGAAUGAGAGCAUAAAGAUGGGCGAUAGGAUACUGCUUUUCAGCCAGAGUUUGUUCACGUUGAACCUCAUUGAAGACUUUUUAGAGAGGAAUUACAUUCCUGGCACAAACUGCUUGUGGGAAAGGAACACUAAUUACUAUCGUCUAGACGGCUCAACACACGCGCUAGAGCGAGAAAAACUAAUAAACGAAUUCAACGCCAACCCAAAUAUUUACUUGUUCCUGGUUUCGACGCGCGCCGGCUCGCUAGGAAUUAACCUGGUCGGCGCCAACCGCGUCAUCGUGUUCGACGCGUCGUGGAACCCCUGCCACGACACGCAGGCCGUGUGCCGAGUUUAUAGAUACGGGCAGAAGAAACCGUGCUUCGUAUACCGCUUCGUAAUGGACUGGUGCCUCGAGAAGAAAAUCUACGACCGACAAAUCAACAAGCAGGGCAUGGCCGACCGCGUUGUCGACGAGUGCAACCCAGACGCCGUGCUGUCCAUGAAGGAGAUCACUAAUCUGUGCUUCGAUAAUGACGAGAAGGAAUCCGAACCCAAAGACCUGUCCGAGCAUAAGGACAAGUACCUAGACGUGUUAAUGCAGGGCAUCAUACAGUACCACAGCAAGCUGCUGAGCAAGGAGCCCUUCCAGCACGAAUCACUGCUGGUCGAUAGGAAGGAGAAGAAACUGUCCAGUGCGGAGAAACGAUUGGCUCAGAGAGGCUAUGAAUUGGAAAAGAAGGCCGCCCUAGCGCCCAAGCCCACGACGGCGUACAGGACGGUCCGCACGGCGGACGGCAGCGUGGUGCAGCGGCCCGUGGGCACCGUGCGGCCCAUGCAGCACGGCGCGCGCUGGAUCCCGGCCGACGUGUGGCGCCGGCAGGGCAUGACCGCGCAGGAGAUGACGCUGCCGCUGGACGUGGUGAUACCAACCAACUCCGCCGAGAAGACGAACAUCGUCCUAAAGGCCGGUCAGCGGGUCAUGGUGCUAAAGUCACCGAAGGGCAUCUACAUGCAGCUGGAGUCGGGCAAGAUCAUCGCCAUCAAAACCUCGUUCAAGGGUUUGGGGCAGAAGGCGGCUGACAACAAGGAUAGCAGCCCUAUUGGGAAGAAAAUCCUAGGCAGCCGUCCAGGCAGCAUACCGGGCUCUCUAAAGAAUAACUCCGCGAUCACGAUAACUUCCAAGAGCGGCCCCCGCCCCGGCUUCCAGCGGGUCCUCACGCGGCCCGCCAUCAUCGGCCACAACAAGCUCGGCCGGCCCCUGCUGCCCGGCCACAAGGUGGCCGACAUGCGGGGCCUGCCCGGCCACAAGCUGGCCGACAUGCGGGCCCGGCUCGGCGACGCGCGCUCCUACGGCGCCCUGCGCCCCCGCCCGCCGCCGCACCCCGCCCGCAUCCUCCGCCCGAACCUUCCGGGAUCGCUCAGCAUAACGAAAAUCAGGAGGGACGCGAAAAGAUCUGAUAAUGAAAAUAGCGACUCUAAUCCCCCGACCAAGAUAGACUCCGACGAUGACACUCAAAUCCUAGACAGCGACGAUGAAGAAACGGAAAAGGCGAAAAAAGCAGCUAGCGAACAAAAAUCAAAGACCCUCGCGGAAAACUCUGAAGAUUCAAAAUCUUCCACUAGCUCUGAUAACCAAAAGAAAAGUGCCAAUACUCAAGCGAAACUUUCGGAACCUAUCGUUUUGACUACCGAUGAAAAACUACCCUCGGAGGAGGCUCUAGAAGUCAAAAAUUCUGACACUAGUGAUUCCCAUUUAAGCGACGAUUCUAGGACGCGCGUAGACAACUCUCGAACGCCCCCGAUGGAUAACGUCGAGAGGAAAAUUAAUUUAUUGAAAAACUAUAGGCAUCAAAGACCCGGCAGUAGACCUCAAACGGAAUCCAGCUUGAGCAUAUUAGAGAGAACGGCCAGCGUGCUAAAUAAGGAGGGCAUGCCGGACUUCCGGAGGAACCUAGACGAUAUAACGCAGUCGUAUUCCCCCGGCGGCGACGAAAAGCCGGGGUCGAAGUCGAAGAAGAAAAAGUCUCCCAACAAGGAGGGCGAAUCUCAGAGUCAGUUUAAUUCCGGGAUGUCUCAUAGUGUGUCUAGUCUGCUGGGGUCGCCGGGCGCGAAGCGGAGCGAGCUCGGCGCGGCGCCGCCGGCCCCGCCCGCCCCGCCCGCCCCGCCCGCCCUGGCCGACCCGGCCGCGCCGCCCGCGCUCGACGGCGAGCCGCCCCAGCAGCCCUACCCUGCCCCGGGACAGCCGCCGGACGCGCCUUACGCGCAAUAUCCAGGUUACGGCAUGAACUACGGCGCGUACCCCAAUUCGCCGUACUACGGCUACGGCAACUACCCGGCCGGCUACGCGGGCUACGCGCCGCCCGCGCCCGCGCCGCCCUACCCGCCCGCGCCGCCCGCCGGCCUGGCCGCGCCGCCCGACUACCUGCCGCCCAACCCGCAGUGGUAAGCCGCCCGGGCAACUUCAAACUACCCGGAGGUGGUUUGAACACGAGUCGAGCCUGCAGGGUGAGACUUAUUUUUGCGGUCGCUAAACGUACCCUGUACGGUUAAAGUGCGGUACAUCUUACAUCAGUGCGACAAAAGUGUUCUUUAACUUACCCAGCUCUGGUAGUGUGGCGAAACUGGUAAAUUGAACAGUGUUGAUGUGACUCGAGAUUCUAAUCCUAAUAUGAGUGAUGUAAUUUUAGAUGUUCUUUUCGAGGAGUGUGAAUGUGUAAUGGCUGCGGUCCAUCGAGGGAGGCUACGAGUUGUGUUGCUGUUUUAUACUUAAUUUACUUAGUGCCGCGCUGUGAAUUUUUAUAUCUCCUUUAUUUUCUAAAUUUGUAUGCAAAAUUUAUUGUAGUUUAUCUUCUAUUUAUUAUUUUCUACGAGUCUUAAAGUUUUUUGCAUAUGCUGUGAAAUUGUCCCUAAUUUGGAUUUAUUCUAUUCAUCCCUGCGUCAUUUUAUAGGAAUUAUAGGAAUGCUUAUAACAUGGUAAGCGAGGUGAAAUGGAAACACUUGCCUCUUUGGUACUUAUUAUUUAAGUAGGACGAUACGCGGGCACCUUUUUAUCAUAAUAACCAGUGUCAAAUGCGACUAGUGAGUCAUUAGUCGUUACGAUGUAAAUGAAAUGAUGUCUUUCCAAUGUGCGGCUAUGCGUGAAUCUAUGGAUGUGAUAUGUUGGUUAGCGUUAGAUAUAGCGUGUAUGAUGGUAUUUAUCUAUGUAAUUUUUAGCUUAGAUAGGAUGCCCACUUAUACUAAUUAAAUAUCUUAGAAAUGUUCUCAUUUAUCCAUUCAAUAGAGCCGUGAUAUGUGUAACAUUAACAUAGUAGAAUGUAUGCAGACUUGCAUAGAAAACUAUUUAUCUAAUCUAGUUUAUAUUUCAAGUGUUCCAAACUCGAAAAACAAUAUCUUUUAAUAUAGAUUUCUAUUUUUUCUUUGGUGUGUUAUAAGAGAAGUGAUUAUCUAAUAGUUUAUUUUUUAUUUUUACAUUUGAUGUGAAUGGCAACAAAAAUCUUUUCUCAAUAACCGUGUGCUGUUUAAUUUAAACGUCGCUUACGCAACCAUGUUCUUUUUAAGCUUUUUCUUUGAAGACUGGCGGACACUUAUAUUGAACAUGCUAUGUACAUACGAGUAUUGGCUAUGUGCAAACGCCUUCGGGCUACAUGAAUUAUUUAUCAGUUAACAUUUUAACAAUGACAUGAAAAUGGGCAUUUAUGCCACGGCAUGUUCUGUGAUCGAUUUGACUUCCCCUAAAUGCACUUCGCACAUAGCCAAUAUCUGUCGACCUUAAUUAACUGAUGUGUAAUUAGCAGCACAUAAUAUGCUGUCCCACAGAUAAUUACAUGUAAUUUCGUAAAGCGACGGGUUUUCAAUGUACCAGAUUAUUGAAAGACGUAAUUGUGAUAUUAAUGAAUUAGCUUUUUUGGUAACCUGGUACUAAUUACUGAAAAUCUUUAAUUUUUUUAACUCAAUGCUUUGAAGCUUGGUGUAGCGUAUACGCCUGUGAAUUUUCACAUAUAGAUGUGAUGUGAUAGUCUGAUAAUUUAUGUGAUUUAUGUCACAACUACGUUUACGUUAGCAGUAUUAUAUUUUGCUUAUGUAUACGAAUUUCGCAAAGUACCUAUAGAUUACAUAAUAGUGUAAGUUAAAAUCGACUUUUAAUUGACUAAGGAAGCAAAUGAAUUACUUUAUGUGUAUAUAGUUCUCGAAAUAUAAUUUCUAAUAAGUGCCAGAUCAAAAAAAAAAAGGGAACAUGUGUAGUUUCUAGACAUACUAAUAGAUGCUGAAAAACUACAUUUGUGGUAUACUUGACCCACAUGCAUUUGACAUUAUAGGCGGGAAGUCUCUGUACUUGACUGUACCUAUUUAAAAAUAUCAGGACUAUCUGUGAGCUGCAAUUAGACUUUCGGUCCUUACUACAAGAUUUACUCUAUUAUUUAAUCGAACAUUAAAGCUUCAUUUACAGGGAGCGAGAACUUUCAUGCAAUAUUCGAUACAUUGCUAACUACAUAGUACAAUUCAGUCGAUGGAACAAAUACCGCAAUAAAGCGCAUGCAUGUUCUUGAUCCGUCUAAAUGGGGCUUAAGGGUCCCCAACAAGCUCGGUUCUCCAUACAAACGUAGUUACGUUCUCAUUUUAAAACGACCAGCUAGAUUGCUCUGAAACUUUGUACUUACAAUUGGAUAAGUAUAACUUAUAGAUAUAUCUAGUCCUGUAAUUAGUUUAUGUAGCUUCAGAUAUUAUAGUAAGAAAUACAGCAUUUUAUAAAUUGGAGCUUUAUAAACUAGACGUGAUGUCAUUGUAUGUGCAAAUUUUUAUUACAAUCCAACACGUAGUUUUUUUAUUUUUUAUGAUAACGAAACUCCGAACGAAACGCUCUGCUAAAAGUAGCUGUGUAGGUACUGUAUGAAGAUUAUAUUUCGAGAGGUAUAACUUUAUUAUGCAUUGAAUCUCGCACACCAGAUGAAAAGUAGAAAUAACGCUGACAUUAUUUUUUAAAUUUAUAGCCAUUCGUGUGUUGCCCUGUGUACAAAUAAGUGGUCGGCGAUAAUGUUCGAAGUGAUACAUAACUGCAUUUUAAAUUGAUCCAUAUUACUGUACCGGCGAUAUCUAAUAAAGAAAUCAGUAAACAGUAA